UAAAAAGAAGUUAGAGAACUCAAACUAAUUGCCCGAAAUGGGCUAGAUGGGAAAAAACAAACAAUCACGCUGGCGUGAGCGAGAUAAAAACACCGGGGCAAACCGGCCCGAGCAUUCAUUUUUCUUUGGGACGACAAAAGCGACGGAUCGUUCGUUGUUAUUGAUAUUUCACCUCCAUCCGUGGCUCCGUUCACAUCGCACAUUUUGUAAAUAGAACGCGAAAAUCCCCACGAAGCGUUAAUUUUUGCAUACAAUGGAGUACCUGAGCUACGUGUACGAGAAAAUCUUCGGAGGAAAUCCACCGACAGACGACGACGACACGCAAGGGGCUUUCCACACGCCUCGCAAGGUCAUCUGCUUCGGUAAUGUCCUUCUAGACCGAUUGGUUAAACUCGAGGAUCCCGCACUCCUCGAGCGAUUCGGCCUGGAACUGGGCUCCAAGGGAGAACUGGACAUGGAGAAACUCAACCAGUUGGCAGCGGAGGCUUCAGAGAGCUCCCAGUGCCUUACGAAUCCGGGAGGCUCUGCCCUCAACACAGCCCGCAUCCUGAAGCAACUGGGCACAGAUGCGCUCUUCUUCGGAGCCGUGGGAGCCGAUAAGCACGCCGAGGAGCUGCGCCUGAUCUUCCGGGAACGCGGCAUCGAGGCCAGGCUGCAGACCGUCGAGGAUGCGCACACCGGUCAGUGUGUGUGCUUGAUGUACCAGGACAAUCCCACGCUGUACGCCAAUAUCGGGGCCUCUGCCCAGUUCAAAGUGCAGACCCUGAGCCACGCCGUCAGCCACGAGGGUCAGAGCUUCCUGCGACCCGUGGAGCGCAAGCAGAUCCUGUAUGUGGAGGGCUUCUUCGUGCCCCAGCGUAGCGACGUAUGCGACUACAUAGUGCAGCAUCUGGUGCGGGAAAGGCGACGCCUGGCCCUCAACCUCAGUGCUCCCUACAUUGUGCGCAAGAAUCCCCAGGCCAUGCUGAAGCUGGCCCGCGUUGCCUUCUUCCUGUUUGGCAAUCGCCAGGAGUUCGAGGCUCUGGCCGAGGCAGCCGGUGGAUUCCGAAAUGUCGACGAGCUGGCGGAGCAUCUACUCCAGUCCGGCGGCACCAAGGUCAUCUUCGUGACCAACGGCAGUUCGGGCGUCCAGGUGAUCACCAACUACGUCGAGGAGCUGGCUCCUCCCGGACCCGUCAGCUUCGAGGACUACAGGGCGCAGCGCGUGGAGCAGUGUGUGGAUUCCACGGGCGCUGGUGAUGCCUUCGUGGCCGGAUUUCUGCACGCCUGGCUGGAGAAGCGAUCGCUGGGCGAGUGCAUCCGCAUGGCCUCCAACGUGGCCGCCAAGGUCGUCACCCAGGUGGGCUGCAAUCUGCCCUAGACUUCGGUCGAACUGCAUCGCAAUCUCGGAAAGCGCACAAUCAAGCACCAAAGUAGACUCAUAGCUUGUAAUUAUUACCAUAAUCUCCACAAACUUUAGGCUUAGUCAAACACGGUUUAUCCACGGUUUCACACACAAGCAAUGAUCUUGGUCAUAAUUGGACUAAAGUGAUUUAUAUAUCCUCUAAUGAAAGAUAAGAGAAUUAAUUCUGCUUUCCUAAUUUGCCCAUGUACAAACUGGGUUGUUCCGAGGUUCACUUAUCGCUUUAUGGACGAUAAGUGUUCUGUUAAUGUUAUUCAUUUCCAAUUGAAUAAAACGUUUAAAUUACAAA